CUUUUCCCUCCAGCCCGGACCCCCCUGAAAUAUGUUCAGGGGCGCUUGGAUGUGGCCCGGGAAAGACGCCGCCGCGCUGACUAUCUGCUGCUGCUGCUGCUGGGCUCCCAGGCCGAGCGACAAACCUUGCGCCGACUCCGAGCGGGCGCAGCGAUGGCGACUGUCCCUGGCGUCCCUGCUCUUCUUCACCGUGCUGCUCGCUGACCAUCUGUGGCUGUGCGCGGGGGCCCGGCCCCGGGCCAGGGAGCUGAGCAGCGCCAUGCGGCCGCCCUGGGGGGCCGGCCGGGAGCGGCAGCCGGUGCCUCCUCGCGCGGUGCUGCCGCCGCCGCCGCAGCCGCCCGGCCAGCCCAGCGCGCCCCCAGGCACCUGCGGCCCGCGAUACAGCAACCUGACCAAAGCCGCCCCCGCCGCCGGUCCCGGGCCGGACUGCGGCGGCGUCCCAGAACCCACGGGGCUGGACGCAGCUUGCACCAAAUUGCAAUCUUUGCAGAGACUUUUCGAACCGACCACCCCAGCGCCCCCUCUACGGCCCCCCGACUCCCCUUCCCGUGCCCCGGCCGAGUUCCCCACCGCCAAAAAAAACUUGCUCAAAGGCCACUUUCGGAACUUCACUCUUUCCUUUUGCGACACCUACACGGUCUGGGACUUGCUGCUGGGCAUGGACCGCCCCGACAGCCUGGACUGCAGCCUGGACACCCUGCUGGGGGACCUGCUGGCCGUGGUGGCUAGCCCGGGCUCCGGGGCCUGGGAGGUGUGUAGCAACUGUAUCGAGGCGUACCAGCGGCUCGACCGACAUGCUCAGGAAAAAUAUGACGAGUUCGACCUCGUGCUGCAUAAAUACUUACAGGCAGAAGAGUACUCAAUCCGGUCCUGCACGAAAGGCUGUAAGGCUGUCUACAAGGCCUGGCUGUGCUCAGAAUACUUCAGCGUGACCCAGCAGGAAUGCCAGCGCUGGGUGCCCUGCAAGCAAUACUGCCUGGAGGUGCAGACCCGGUGCCCCUUUAUCCUCCCUGACAAUGAGGAAAUGGUGUACGGAGGGCUCCCUGGCUUUAUCUGUACAGGGUUGCUGGAUACUUCGCCAAAGCGGCCGGAAGCCAAGUGCUGUGACGUGCAGUGGGUCUCCUGUGAGUCGGAGAAGAAGAAGUUCAAGGAGUCUGAAGCCCCCAAAACCCACCACCAGCAAUUCCACCACUCUUACUUCCACCACUACCACCAACAGUACCCCCACUACCACCCCCGCCACGACCCCCCAGGCCGCCUCAGCCACAAGUCCUCCCUGCUGCCGGUCUCUGGGGGCUCCCGCCUCAGUCCCAGCAGGAUCCGGCUCUACGUCCUUGUUCUCAUGCUCCUCCAUACCAUGGUGUCCUUCUCCAGCGGCCAGGGUGGUGGGGGACCGGGCCUGGAGGCACUGCCUGCCCUAGACGAGGGCCUGACUCGGGAAGAGUGACAGCAAGGAGGGAGAUCAGACCUCCACCACACACCGACAUCAGCUCCAGCGCCCCCCUCAGGGGGAGGGGGAGGGGGCCCCUCCCGUGGGAGGUGUAGGACCAGGUGGGGGGCUGGGGAAAUGGGGCAAUCACACAUCGCCCCCUACCAACCCCCACUCCAAAAGCAGCUCCAACAGAACCGCCAGAGGGCCUCAGGGAGCUGCAAAACUCACUGGGAGAAAAAGGCAGGAGCAGCAGGUGCCCCCCUCCCAGGCCCCCAUCUAUGGGGCCUAGCCAAAAAAAAAGGGGGGGAGUGGGGGGUGGAAAUGCCCACCGCCACUGAGAGCCCUGACCCCAAGGAAGGAGGCUGCUUACCCAGCCUUGGCCCUUCAGGGAAUGUUGGGGGGCACAGAGGGGAGAAGCUCUUUCCCCCCUCCGCAUUCCUUUUGUUGCCACGAUCCUUAAUCCCCUCCUGCCCUUACCCCUACAGGCAACGGCAGACGAUAUAGCGGCCCUCCUCCCGCUCCAGCGCACCUUGUCCCAUGUGGGGCCGCCACAGGGAAGGGCCAGGCUGGGACAUGAGGUGUACACAGUUGCAGCUAGGUCAGGGCCCCAGUUAAGCUGUGCCCCAGCACCCUAGGCGAUGAGGUAUAGGAACGGGGUGCAGAAUGAGUGGCGGGAGAGAGUGGAGAUGAUAGGGAAGAGGGAGAGGAGAGGAGAGAGGUGGGCAGAGGGCUUAGAGAGAUGGCUGAAUGGGCUGUCACCACCUGGCUUUGGGGAGGCAGAUGAUCAGUGUUGAGGCAGGCUCGAGGACACGUCCCCAAAUCAGAAAGGGUUGCGUAAGGAGCCCUCUGGAGAAGGAGCACAGGGACUGCCGCUGUCCGAAGGGCCAUAUCUUACAGAAGGUGCACAUACUCCCAAGGGCCACUCUUGCCCUGGAGAUCUUGGCCUUGGGGCCAAAGACGUUUCCAUUUCUGAUCUCCAUGGGGAGGAGGGACUUAAGCCCAAGAGGGUCAGGCCUGGCCUGGGUCCCCAGACUCCCCCAUCUCGUCCUAGCCCAGGCCUCCAUGAAGGAAACCUCGGUGGCGUUGCCCCAGAGCUUUCCAGAGAUGAGCCUCCCCCAUCCCCAGCCUGUCCCCGUCCCCAGCCUACCAAAGAGUAUUCAUCCCUUCUCAUCCCUGACCCCAUGGGUUACUAUCCCAAUUGUGGAACCACCAGACUGCUCCUCACCCUGUAGCAGGUCCCCUAAUCCAGCCACCCCUGCCCCUAGCUGGAGAAAGUCCAGAAACUGGCAAGAGGACCCGCUAAAUAAAGACGAUGUGCUGUGGUCCCUUGGUUGAGAGACUUGAAGUGUUUAGUCAGGCUAGAGAGCUGCACGAGAGAAGAGGCCUGGAGAGCCCCUUGGGGGCCAUUAGCCUUGUGCUGAUCUCCUAGGAGUGGGAGGCCACAUGGCCUGGGACAUCUACAAGCCAAUAGGAGCAGACGAGAAAGGAAGCCACAACUGUGUUCCUGGGACAGGCCAAGCGGCUUUCAGUGCCAGAAGGGCCUGUGUCCUGGGAUGCAAUGCCAGUGAGUUAAGGGGAGGGGUGGGCUUGGAGCUGCAUUAGGGGAAACCAAAAGGAGGAGGGGGAGGGGACAGCUGGAAUCGGCUGGCUGGGGGAUAAAUGGGAAACCUCACUAGUAGAGAGGGAAUCAUUCAAGGGCCUCAGCUGGGUCCCCAAAUAGGCUUUGUGAGACCGGGGAGUCCUUCCCUGCCAGUUUUCUCAUUUCUCACAGCGUGUUCCCCUACCCCCGUGAGCCCUGUGCCCUGCCCACACACUCCAUGUUUGGCCUUCAGCAUUUCAGGCCUAGCCACAUACCCCAUCCCUAGAGUGCUCUUUUCAGCUGGGGAGGGGAAGAGGUGCUGGCUCCUUUCCAGAGAUGCUUCUGUAGAUGUGAGAGACCCUAUGUACUGCCUUGUAACUCCUGCAUCCUCAGGAGGGGAAAAGGGACUGGGAUGUAAAGGGAGACCUUAGGACCCCAGGGAAUGGACCCUUGGAGACUCCCAUCCCCUCUUCCCCCUCACCAAGUGCCCAGGAGACCCCUGGCUCAGACCAGCCCAGGGCCUUGCCCAGUGGCAGGGGAAAGGGGCACCUCACUCCACCUCGAAGUCAUUUGACUGUCCCCAUCCACCCCACUGCCCAGAUCUUCCACCACCCCUCCAGCUGCCCCUGCCGUUCGUCACAGGCAGCAGAGCUGGGCAGCUUUCUUACGCCAUUUUCUACACUGUGCUUCAUGAGUAGGACUUUCUUGCACUAGUUCCUAUGACUGAGUCUCCAAGCUGGAUUCCUAGUAGUCCCCGUCCCUUCCUCCCUCACCUGGCUAUGGUUCAGUUGUCGCCCUUCCCCUGCCUCUGUGUUUCGGUGAGUGUCUCUGUAUGUGUACUGCUUUCUGUUUUGUUGCAUUGUGGGGCAGAAGCCUCUCUGCUCUUGUUUAACCCCAUAAAGAAAUAAAU